AUGUUUUUGUGGUCUUUUGUUCUGAGUGUUCCGAGUACCUUUGAACAUAUGAAAAGGUUGUGGAGUCACAGCCUAGUACACUGUCGAACGGAAAGCUUGCAGCUCGCUUUGCCUGCGAACCAUUCUGAGCUGGUUCCCUUUCUCACUGUUUUGGAUCAUGAACACCAUUCACACCCUCUAAACAACUCUGCUUGUGGAGUCUCCACUUCCUGGGAACAAGAUAACUUGAUGGUGAUCACUGUUCCUUAUACCGACUGUUUCUUCAUCAAAAAGAAUGAAAAUUUUGUGAUGACUCUCAGGAUUGAAGGGAAAGAUGCUGCUGGCACAGUCCUACUAUAUGAGGAGGAGCUGAAAUGCCCAACUAGCUUGCCAGAUGCUCCAAGCGGCAGUGUAUGUGCAGGUGUUCAGAAACAAGACCGGCUGCCUUGUGCCACUCAACCUGUGACCCGAGGAGAGUGUGAGGAAAAAGGCUGCUGUUACUCCCCUGAUGAUCCUCAAGUUCCUUGUUACUAUGGCAAUACAGUGACAGCACAAUGCACGCCUGAUGGCCACUUCUCAAUUGCAGUGUCUAGAGAUGUGACUCUGCCAUCACUAAUUCUGGACUCUGUGCAUCUUGUUGGACAUGGUAGUGGCUGUUUACCUGUGGCAAAAAACGAUGUCUUCGUCCUCUACAAAUUCCCACUCUCUGCCUGUGGAACUACUUUCCAGGGAGCUGAAGACCAGGGUAUAUAUGCAAAUGAACUGCUGGCACACCAAGAUGUUAAAAACUGGAAUGGUGGAUCCAUCACACGUGACAGCAUCUUCAGGUUGUAUAUCAGCUGUAGUUAUUCAACAGGGAACUACCUCCCACUCACAGUAAAUGUUUUUACACUGCCUCCUCCACCACCGGUCACUCAGUAUGGUCCACUCAAUCUUGAGCUAAGAAUUGCCAAUGACCAACACUACAGUGAAUACUACACCAACAGGGAUUACCCAGUAGUCAAGCUUCUGAGGGAUCCUGUCUUCUUGGAGGUACGAAUCCUGCACCGAACUGACCCAAACCUGGUGUUGGUUCUUCAUGAGUGCUGGGCCACACCAAGCACUAAUCCUCUGCAGCAGCCCCAGUGGCCCAUCUUGGUAAACAGGUGCCCAUAUGGAGGGGACAACUACCAGACCCAGUCCGUCCUUGUGGGAGAAGCUUCCAGGCUGCAGUUCCCAUCUCACUACCAGCGGUUUGUUGUCAGCACUUUCACCUUUGUGGACUCUACUUCCCAGCAGGCCCUAGCUGGACCAGUGUACUUCCACUGUAGUGCUUCUGCGUGUGUCCCAUCAAUGGUGGAAUCUUGCAUGGCUCACUGUCCUGGGAUUAGAGCCAGGAGAACAGCAGAGAACCAGGAUUUUCAAGAUACUCUAAGAAGUCUAGUUACAGCAGAAGGACCUGUGGACUUCAAGGAAGCUAAUCAGAAAGGUUCCCACUGGACCAAAACAAUCUUCUCGGAAGAAUGGGAGCGAGCACUUGUAGUUGCAGUGGGAAUGGUCUUUGUUGCAUUGAUUUUUGUAGGAUUAAGAAAAUAUUGGAGAAGACCUAAAUGUGGACAGACUAGCAUACUUUAA